AUGGCUCCACUGCGACGACCAAACAUUUUAUACGUGAAACAUGUCCUGGCCACUACGACGGGCGACGGCCUCUCUUCCACGACGGCAGUUGAUUCUACUUCCAAUAUACCUGAAAUAGACGGCUCUGCCGCUGGCUUCAUCAUACUUGUCGUCGCUCUCGCUGUCAUUGUUCUUGUAUGCUGCAUCGCGGUCUUCUUCCUCCUCCGCGACCACAGUCCCACGCCAUACGAGCGCCAGCUGCGGCGCGCACAAAGUUUGCAAAGGCGGCAAUACGCCCCCAGCACGAAUUCCUUCCAGCUCUCCGGGCUGCGAGGGAGGAUCUCGCGGCUGUUUGGCAGGAGAAGGGCCGAGGGCUGGGUUCGUGCGAACGACGAUGACUGGGAUACUGCGGACGAUCGCACGCUCGUGGCGAAGGACGAAAGAGAUGUCCGUGACCGGACUCGUGCUGCUCCUGCUGCUGCAGCUGCGCUUUCUGCUGCCAACCCUCUCCCGGAUGGCGAUGACGAUCCAAGCGCAGAGUCCGUCGAGCUUGCUGCACCGGUGAAAUCACCCAUGUAUACCGACCCGUUCUCUACGUCUCCGACGUCCAUGACGUUCUCAGAGGUUGAUACGAGGGCCGAUAUAAGCGAUGGCGGACAUGCGGAGCAAGAAGAUAAGGUGCCGGACCCCGCGCGGUUCUCGGUGCAAUCGAGGAGGCAAGGAUCGGAAGUUCCGACUAUACGCUCCAUGCGCAAGUUUGAGAGUGGGACGAAAUUCAAGGAAAGCAUAGAAUUCUGA